CUGACACUUGCUCCCUCUUUCCCUCGCUUCUCUCGGCGCAACUACUGUUAUCGCCACCACCGCAAAAUGUCCUCCAUGGAAUCCCUAAUUCUCCAACUCCACGAGAUCUCCGCAGUCAAAUUUGGUUCCUUCAAGCUCAAAUCCGGUAUAACCUCUCCAAUCUACAUCGACCUCCGCCUCAUAAUUUCAUACCCCUCCCUCCUCCGCCACAUUUCCCAAACGCUGAUCACCUCCAUCCCUGCCACUACCACUUUCGACCUCAUAUGCGGCGUCCCCUACACCGCUCUCCCAAUCGCCACCACCGUAUCAGUCUCGAACGACAUCCCCAUGGUAAUGCGCAGGAAGGAAGUGAAAGAUUACGGUACCUCUAAGUCUAUCGAGGGAAAUUUCCAAAAGGACCAGACUUGUUUGAUAGUUGAAGAUUUGGUUACGAGUGGGACUUCUGUUCUUGAAACGGCUUUGCCGUUGAGGGCGGCGGGGUUGAAGGUGACGGAUGCAGUGGUUUUGAUUGACAGGGAACAAGGAGGGAGGGAGAAUUUGGAAGAGAAUGGGAUUAAGUUGCAUGCGAUUAUUAAGUUGAGUGAGAUGGUUAGGGUUUUGAGGGAGAAGGGGAAAUUGGAGGAGGAAGUGGAGAAGGGGGUUUUGAAGUUCUUAGAGGAGAAUAGGAAGGUUAGUGUUGUUAAAGGGGUGGAUAAGAGUGUUAGGGUUAAGGUUUCAGGUUUUGAGGAAAGAGCGAAGUUAGCAAAGAAUGAGAUGGGGAAGAGGUUGUUUGAGGUUAUGGUUAAAAAGGAGAGUAAUCUCUGUGUUGCAGCUGAUGUUGGUACUGCUAAGGAAUUGCUUGAGCUUGCUGAAAAAGUUGGACCUGAGAUAUGUUUGUUGAAAACCCAUGUCGAUAUUUUGCCUGAUUUCAAUCCUGAUUUUGGUGCAAAACUUCGUGCGAUUGCAGAUAAGUUCAAUUUUUUAGUUUUUGAAGAUCGUAAGUUUGCUGACAUCGGUAACACAGUGACCAUGCAGUAUGAAGGGGGUAUCUUCCAUAUAUUGGAUUGGGCUGAUAUAGUUAAUUGUCACAUUAUUUCUGGUCCUGGAAUUGUUGACGGGUUGAAAUUGAAGGGUUUGCCUCGUGGGAGGGGCCUCUUGCUGCUUGCAGAAAUGAGUUCAGCCGGCAACUUUGCUAAGGGAGAUUACACUUCUGCGGCAGUAAAAAUUGCUGAAGAACAUUCUGAUUUUGUGAUUGGCUUCAUCUCGGUAAACCCAGCCUCAUGGCCAGGUGCACCAGUAAAUCCAGCAUUUAUUCAGGCAACACCUGGAGUUCAAAUGGUCACUGGUGGCGAUGCGCUUGGCCAGCAGUAUAAUACACCAUAUUCUGUCAUCUUCGAUAGGGGCAGUGACAUCAUAAUCGUAGGACGUGGGAUUAUAAAGGCAGCUGAUCCUGCAGUGGCAGCUCGUGAAUACCGUCUUCAAGGAUGGGAUGCAUACCUGGAAAAAUGCACAUGAGAUUGCAUUUAGGUUGUUUUUAUGUGGUUUUUGCUGAUGAACAGAUCAGCCCAAGUUUUGAUUGAAUUCUGCCAGUCUUUUAUUACGAGUUUGGAAUUGUGAUAAAUGUUGGUUGUUUUUUGAA